CACGCAGUUCUUCCUCACUGCCGCAUCUACAGCACCGCACCGCACUGCGACUGCUUCCUUUCCACAGGACGAACCCUGAAUCAUCAUGAAUAUCCUAGAAUGGGCGUUUGGCAAGCGCAUGACGCCGGCCGAGCGCUUGCGCAAGAACCAGCGCAUGCUGGAUAAGGCCAUUCGAGAACUCGACCAGACGCGUGUCAAGCUGGAGAAGCAGGAGAAGACGCUGAUACAGCAAAUCAAGACGAGCGCCAAGAACGGACAGAUGGGCGCUUGCAAGAUCCAGGCCAAAGAUCUGGUGCGCACACGGCGGUACAUUGAAAAGUUUUACGGCAUGCGCAGUCAACUACAAAAGAUUUCUCUGCGGCUGCAGACCUACCGGACGAACGAGCAGAUGAUGCAGGCCAUGAAGGGUGCUACGAUGGCAUUGGGUAGCAUGAACAAAUCCAUGAACCUGCCACAGCUCCAGCGGAUUGCCAUGGAAUUCGAGCGAGAAAACGACAUCAUGGAACAGAGGCAAGAGAUGAUGGAUGACGCCGUUGAUGAUGCCAUGGACGUUGGAAUCGAAGAAGAAGGCGACGAGGUUGUUGAGCAAGUGUUGGAAGAGAUUGGAAUAGAUCUAAACCAGGCUCUUGGGGAGACCCCAACCGCCUUGGGCAAUUCUGCUGUGUCUGAGGGCAAGAUUGCGCAGGCCGUUGGCGCUGGAGGUGGAGGCGGAAGCGGUGACCCAGUUGACGACGACCUCCAAGCCCGACUCGACAGUCUUCGAAAGUGAACAACUUCACGACCCAGUCACGAACAGAAUAACCAAGGAAGGGGUCUAUUGAUAGAACCGUCUUUGAAUGGAGCCUGCCAAGUUAAAAAGGAUGUCUCUCGAGAAUGUCUCUUGCUGAGGAACUGCAUCCCGUUAUGAUGCAAGAGAAACAUUCAAAAGAUGACGGCCUCUACAGAGGAUCGUAAAGUCUGAGGA